GGCGCCAACUCUUUCGACCACGUCGGUAGCUUGCUAGCCAACAUAAAAGUGAAAGAUUGACGCUUUAGACCAUCUUAAUGUACAUUAUCUAAUCUCAGUGUUUUAAACACAGUUCUGUUGACGUAUUAACUGGUUAACUGUAACCUAAUUUGCAAACUUGUUCAAGAUUUAUGCUGAGCCUAGCACUAGGCUAUUCGCUAAUGCUAGCUAGCUAGAUAACAUCCCUGACCAUGAGCUCACUAAACUACUCAUCCCUGCUAUAGAAGAGGGGGUCUGCUGUUUGGAGAAAGAAGUUCUGGUGCUGAACAUUGAAGAAGAGGAUGAGGUUACAGUGAAAGAAGAUAAAGGACCUUUUAGAAUGAAAAAGGAGGAAGAUGAGACUGUUAUAGUGAAGGAAGAAGAUGCUGUUAUAGUGAAAGAACAUUUCAGAAUGAAAAAGGAGGAAGAUGAGACUGUUAUAAUGAAGGAAGAAGAUGCUGUUAUUGUGAAAGAACAUUUCAGAAUGAAAAAGGAGGAAGAGGAGACUGUUAUAGUGAAGGAAGAAGAUGCUGUUAUUGUGAAAGAACAUUUCAGAAUGAAAAAGGAGGAAGAGGAGGCUGUUAUAGUGAUAGAAGAGAAAGAACCGUUUAGAGAGGAAGAGGAUGCUAUCUCAAUAAAGGUGAAGGAGGAAGACGUUUUUGGAGUGAAAGAGGAAGAGACAGAAUAUCAGAUUAACACCAGAGAGAGACAUGACUAUGGUGGAUCCUCUGGGGAGCUUCAACAACAUCCUGAUGCUGACAAGGAAGAGAAGAGUCUCUCCAGAUCAGAACACAAGAUGGACAACACCAGCCCUUCCUCCCUCCUGGAGUCCCUGUGUCGUGCCUCUCCCGGUAGCACCUUACUGCUGGGUAUGAAGAGGUUGUCUGUGCUGCUGGUGGACUGCAGGGAAACAACGGGGCUGAGUGGAACUGUGAGAGGAGGAGAAGAGAAGAAAGGAUCAGAUUUGACACAUCAAAGAGAAAGACCAGACUCAGAGGAACCAGAGCCAGGGACGUCCAAACCAGCAAGACGACACCAGUGCUCCCAGUUUGAAAAGAGUUUUAAACAGAAAGCACAACUGAAAAAACAUAAGAGAAUACACACAGGGGAGAAGCCUUACCACUGUUCCCAAUGUGGAAAGUGUUUCGGCCGUUCUGGGGAGCUGAAACUACAUGAGAGAAUACACACAGGAGAGAAGCCCCACCACUGCUCCCAUUGUGGAAAGUGUUUCGUCCGUUUGGGGGAGCUUAAAGAACACGAGAGAAUACACACAGGAGAGAAGCCUUACCACUGCUCCCAGUGUGGACAGUGUUUCAACCAGAAAGCACACCCGAAACAACAUGAGAGGAUACACACAGGGGAGAAGCCUUACCACUGUUCCCAGUGUGGAAAGAGUUUCAACCAGUCAGGGACGCUGAAACAACAUGAGAGAAUACACACAGGAGAGAAGCCUUACCACUGCUCCCAGUGUGGACAGUGUUUCAACCAGAAAGCACACCCGAAACAACAUGAGAGGAUACACACAGGGGAGAAGCCUUACCACUGCUCCCAAUGUGGAAAGUAUUUCGUCCGUUCGGGGGAGCUGAUACUACAUGAGAGAAUACACACAGGAGAGAAGCCUUACCACUGCUCCCAUUGUGGAAAGUGUUUUGUCCGUUUGGGGGGGCAGAAACAACACGAGAGAAUACACACAGGAGAGAAGCCUUACCACUGCUUCCAAUGUGGAAGGUGUUUCAACCAGUCGGGGGCGCUGAAACAACAUGAGAGAAUACACACAGGAGAGAAGCCUUACCAUUGCUCCCAAUGUGGAAAGUGUUUCAGCCAUUCGGGGAUGCUGAAAGAACAUGAGAGAAUACACACAGGAGAGAAGCCUUACCACUGCUCCCAGUGUGGAAAGUGUUUCAACCGGAGAGGAAACCUGAAACAACAUGAGAGAAUACACACAGGAGAGAAGGGUGCAAACCAUUUGCCCAUCACAGUGCUCCCGUUGUCUUUUACUGUUGACUGACAAUGUGUUUACCUGUCUUUACCAUAUGAAAUUAAAUGGUACAGGGUAUACUCAAACAUAUAUUUGUUUGUUUUUAUUAGAAAACAUGAAUUGAAUAUGGAGUCUGUCAGUUUGAAUAUAAAGAAGAUCAGGUUCCUUCUUUUAAACUGUCCUUUUUUUAAACUCUUUGUAUGUGUUUAUCUGGGUGUGUCAUAUCUCCAGCACUACAGAUAAUCAAGUAAUAUUUGCAUGUGAUGCAUUCGUUCCAUUGUUGACAUUUGCAAUGUU